AUGGAGUCGAGAAUACCACAUGGGAUGAGAGCGCAUGGUGGCGGCCCCUUAGCAGGCCAUGUUGGCGAUAAGGACCCUGCAGAGCUUUGCGGGAGGGUCUCCACUUGUUCCCUCUCUGUUUUGGCUCGUCUCUAUGUGUACGCAUUGCACGGCUGCUUCUGUGAGGUGACUUUCACUGCUGUGUUGGACUGGUGCAGCAUCCAGGACAGGAGGAUGAUGGGGUACAGCAGCCUCUGGGCGCUGCCUAUGUAUGCCAGUGCAAUCUACCUCAUGGAGACUCUGAGAGGCUGGCUGCUGACUCAUCAUCAACCACUGUCUGUGCGUCUGAUAACCUACACACUGUUCAUCUACCUAUGGGAGUUCAGCUGGGGGAGCGGGCUCAGGCUGCUCGGGGCGUGUCCCUGGGACUACUCGGGUUAUAAAUACAAUCUGGGAGGACUGGUGACUCUGGAGUAUGCGCUACCUUGGGCUAUUGCAGCCUUCAUAGCAGAGCAGCAUGUAAUCAAGAACACGCUGAGGAUAAGAAUGUUCACGUGA